GCUAAAUACCCCACGACUUAUCGGUCCGCCGGCACAACAACCACACCCUCCAUCCACGCAGCAUGCCGAUGGGAGAAACAAACCCAGAUUUCCAAAAACAUAUGCGAAGGCGCGACCAACGGAUCACCGAACAACCAUCGGACGACCAGGAGAGCAAUUUCGAUUACCCACCACGACUGCAGGUGAUAGGCUCUUCUAGUGGGCUCGAUCGGCGGUAUGGCUCGUUCUCGAGAGCAGAGGAGGUGGUGCGGGCUUGGAGGGAGAGGAACGCUAAACUGACGGACGAGUCCAGUGCGAGUGCGAGCAGUGAUAACGACGGUUCUCCGUCGUCUUCCGGGCAGAGAGAGCGUAGGCACAAGCACAAGCACAAGCACCGGGCAAAAAACAGUCACGAUGGGGCUACCCGCUCUCACCGGUUCGACCACUCGAGCAGAGAUCACGACGAACUCCAUCAAUCUCACCACUCUGUACGGAAUGCGACGCGAGAACUAGUACGGUCGACAGUGACGAGCGACGACCCGGACCGGUCUGUACUUGUUCGGCAGAUGCUGGAUGGGUGCAGGGAGAGCUGUAGGCAGGCUGGAGUAUCCUUUGAGGACAUCCUUGGUGAGGACAUGGAGGGACUUGAAGUACCUCCUCUGGUAUAUGAGAUCUUCACAGGGUGGGAGGAUGCGGGAUUGCUCCAGUUUCUGCUCGACAACACCCCUGCUCGACAUGUGGAGAUGUUCGUCCGGCGCGGCUGUAUGAUGCGCGGGGACAAUACCAUGUUCCAGGUAUUACGGUCCGCACUGUCCGCCAGCGAGAAGGUCGACAUCGUCCGUUACAGCUUGACGAUGAAGGAAGAUGCAGGCCAAUUCCAAGUAGAAGGGUCGAUUGAAUGCAUGCCCGAGCUGCUCGCUCGUGUUUGCACCCCCGUCAGCGACCGGAAACGCCCACUCCCCUCCCCGGUGGAAUGGAUCGCCGCUGGUCGUAUGUGGAGCAUAGAGCCCACAGCCCAAAAUACCCUCAUCCUCCGAUUGCUUGCUGGGGAGCCCCUGAAGGUGGUUGACGCCGAUCUCACCAUCGUCGCCCGGGACGCUGCAUCAUCCUCUGGAAGGAAGAACAGCAUGGCCGUAUCGAUGAUGAAGGACAAGAGCAUGCCUGUCAACCUCGUCCCCCUCUCGCAGUCUGGAGUCAACACCAUCUUAUUCAUCCCCUUCAGCCCGAUGCAAGAGCGCCUCACCCUCCCCGCAUGCCUUUCCGCCGACGGAGCGCUUCACUUCCAUCUCUCGUUGAGCUUUCUCAACCCGUCCAAGUCGCGUGACUCGAGCGAAACGGAAGACUGGGAAAAGAUUGCCCGAGAGCAGGACUGGGUGUUGGCCAGAUGGUCAGGCAGGGGUGGUGAGGCACAUUGA